CCAGAAUCAGACUUCCGCUUCCGGGGAGGCUAUUUCCGUUUUUCGGGGCAGCGGCGCUUUCGGCGGUCGUCGACGCUCCGCUGAGCCCGGUACCUACAAAGGCUGGAGGCUAGAAGUCUCCUUACCUCCCGAGACUCCAUUUUCUGUGCACAGCUUGCUGCUGACUCCAGAUCGGGAUGAUUGAAGUAGUUUGCAAUGACCGUCUGGGCAAAAAAGUGAGAGUGAAGUGCAACUGUGAUGACACCAUUCGGGACCUGAAAAAGCUCAUUGCUGCCCAGACUGGUACUCGGUGGGACAAGAUUGUGCUAAAGAAAUGGUACACAAUUUUCAAGGACCACGUGUCGCUGGCAGAUUAUGAAAUCCACGAUGGCAUGAACUUAGAAUUAUAUUACCAGUAGUUUGGUUGUUGCCGAUUUAACAAUUUCUGUGGUCUUUUUUCUUUUUCUUUCUUAUGACCUCAUGUAACACAAACUAUGGAUAGUUUAAAUUGUGGCAUGGCUUUUGGGUAGCAACAUUGUACUGUUGGUGGCAAUAAAACAAAAACUGUAUUUACGCUGUGUUUCCUCAACAUGGUUUUCUAAAUGUCAGUGUUUCUAAUAAAUGUGACCAGACAA